AGUUUCCCAUAGCUUUCAAUGUUUUCAUUGUGAGGCUUCAUAUCAAACUUGUGAUAGAUUUUCCCUUCCACAAAAAGCCUUCCCUGCCCUGAUUCAGAAAAUAUGGACAUUGGAAUAAAUUCUGUUGACAUUCCCAUGGAAUAAAUCAAAAUGGAUCUCUAAACUAUCUGCGCUUUUUUAAUUAAUGAAUGACCAGUGGUGAGCUUUGUGUCAUCUGAUCGAACCAUGUCAUCUCACCGGGCGGCGGCCAUUGGGUCGUCGUCCACAGCUAUGGCUACUACUCCUCCAUCGUCUUCUGUCACAACUCCUGCCACCAAAAGCUUCAAGGAAGCUGUUUGCCCUUCUUCACCACAAAUUCAUACCAAGCAGAUUGAAAAUUUCAAAGGCUUGCCUUGCAUUUCCUUCUCUAAUGAAGAAGUCCUUUCCCUGGCUUCCAGGUUUCAAUUUGCCCUGGUGGGCAGCUUCUUUGGGAAAAGGCCACCCCUGGAGAUCAUCAGGAAAUGGUUGGAAAAAAUAGGCUUUGUGGGUUUUUCUGUUGGGCUCCUCCACCCUGCUCAUGUCCUCAUCAACUUCUCGUCUGAAAAGGAUUACCAAAGAUUAUUCUUGCGCAAAGAUUGGAAUGUCCAAGGAGCAACCAUGAACAUCACCAAAUGGACCACUGAUUUUGACCCCAAUAAGCUUGGACUGGGUUUUGACUCUGCUCUUCAACUCUGCAACAAUCAAAUCUGGGCUUUCUGGAACUCAGACUCCUUGACACUGGAAUCCUCUUUCUCAUACACUCAGCUGGGCCACCUCACUUUCACAAACAAAGCCCUGCAAACAAAACUUCAUAUUUCAACCAUUUAUGGAAAGCACACAAAGGAAGAAAGAAGGGACUUAUGGCACUGCAUCUCCACCCUCUCUGGAUCUAUUAAUGAACCAUGGCUCCUAGGAGGGGAUUUCAAUGCUAUCAGCUCACUCUCUCAUCACAAGGGUAAAAGCACCCCCUGCAUGGUUAGUAUUAUGGAAUUUGACACUUGCAUUACUCAAAAUGGUCUGAUUGAGCCCCCCUUUUCUGGCUCUCCUUUUACUUGGCAUGGGUCUAGAAGCCUGGGAAAGAUUUGGAGGAGAUUAGACAGACUCUUCCUCAACUCCCACCUGGACAACCUUAACUGCCUAAUCUUUUCUGAACACUUAGCCAAAGGUGGCUCUGAUCACUCCCCAAUCCUCCUCAAAAUUACUAAUGGUAAUUUUAAGGGUCCUUUUCCCUUUAAAUUCCUAAACUGUUGGACUGCCAACCCCUCUUUCCUCACUCUUAUUAAAGACAAUUGGGAACCCUACAGGGGAGGGGGAAUGAGAGGUUUAAUGGACAAGCUGGUGAAUUUGAGGAAAGUCAUUCAAGCCUGGAACAAAAAUACCUUUGGGAACAUCCUCAAGAACAGAACUAAGCAGGAGGAUAAACUCAAACUAGCUGAAGAAGCCUACAAUGACAGCCCAACUCAUGACAACAACACCAGGAUGCAACAAGCCAAAUCAGAUCUUAAUAAAUGCCUUGCCAUAGAAUAUUCCUACUGGAAGCAAAAAUCCAAUCUGAAAUGGGUAAAGGAGGGGGAUCUAAACACCAAGUUUUUCCAAGCCUUUGUCAAAAACAAAAGAAACUUUCAAAGGAUUCAAAAAAUCAGGAACACUGAUAACAAUUGGCUUACUGAGUGGGAUGACAUUGCUUCAGAGGCCACCUCUUUUUUCAAUACCCUCUUCACACAUGAGGAAACUGACCUAUGCCCAGAAAUCCUGGACAAUAUUCCCCUCACCCUGAACCCUAAUGACAACCUCUCCCUUUGCAGCCUCCCCACCAUGGAAGAGGUUAAAACUGCAAUCUGGGACCUCUGCCCAGACAGCUCUCCAGGACCUGAUGAUGAUCUUAUUCUUUUCACCAAUGGCUCUGGUCCUAAUCUUAAACAAGUUCACAGCUUUUUGAGGAACUAUGAAAGGUGCUCAGGAGAAGAAGACCAAGAAGCUUUUUUCAGAAAUAGGCAAAUUACUUUCAAAGAAGCUUACCUUGCAAUCCAACCUGAGGAAGAGGAAGAGGAUGUCGAACCUCUCCAACAUAUGCAAAUCAUCUGGAACAUGAAGCAAAUUCCAAAAAUCUCCUUCUUCCAGUGGCGCCUUCACCAGAAACUGCUACCCUUCCCUGCACAUUUGAGGAAAUUUGGAAUCACUUCAUUGCCUUCCAUAUGCCAUCUCUGCAAAAGGGAUAGUGACACAGACUAUCACACUCUCUUUCAAUGCCCCUACGCUAAACCCAUUUGGAGCUACUUCGAAUGGAUUUUCAAAAUACCGUGGCAAGCAACAAACGGUGUGAGAGCCUACCUCCACAAAUGGUGGACAGAAUACCAUAACCAAACUCUAGAAGGAUGGCUCAAAGCAGACUGUAGUAUUGGCGAGUACAUUCUUAUCUGGAGAGAAUCCACUUUCCUGUACGUUUUUAGGCUGGUGAUAAUUACUUUUCCAUCAAUGGUCCAGUUUCAGAGUCUAUAUAUAUCGAAUUGUGGCAAGAGCGUCUCACAUUCUCACAUUAUGGAAGGAACUUCUCGAGCUCUUCCUAAUACCAUAAGAUUCGUUGGUCUACAUGGUAGUCAUGCUCUUGGUAGCAAUCCAAGGUUUAUGGCUACAGCGGUUGAUCUAGGACGUGAAUUGGUAAGGCGAAAAAUCAGGCUUACCUAUGGAGGAGGCAAUGUUGGCCUUCAAGGAGCUGUAGCUUCAACAAUCUAUAAUAAUGGUGGUAGAGUCAGAGGUUUCAUACCAGGGUAUAUAGCAACACGAGGGGUCUAUGGACCAACAUAUGGUGCGGAGUACACCGUCUCCAGCAAUUACUAUAAGUAUUUCGAGAUGAAUCAUAUUGUGGAAGCCUUCAUUGUACUUCCUGGAGGAAUUGACACUAUGGAGGGUUUAUUCACUUUGAUCUCAUGGGCAUCCGAAGGGUUACACAAUAAACCUAUUGGUCUUUUGAACAUCAACGGUUAUUUCAAUAACCUAAUCAAGUUUCUAGAUGAUGCGGUGAGGCAGAACUUCAUGGCUUUGAAUCAGAGGAAACUGUUCAUUUCUUCUUUCUUUGUUGAUGAGCUUUUGGACAAGCUAGAGUUUGUUAAGGCUUUCCCAGGGAGGUUGUUCCCUUGUUGUAAACUCGAAGGAAGUUCUUUGUUCCUUCGUGAGAAGUCUUGGAGUGCGGUAUCUCCGAGCAAAGGUGUUGAGGCUCGUGUGACUCGGGUUCUCAAAUUGUAUCGACCCGUACCGGUUUCAUUUUCUUCUUUCUUCAUCGAGAGAGAGUCUGAGAUCCGAGAUGCGAGAGAGCCUUUGAUUAUAGAUGCAAGAGAAGAUAUGUGAUCUAAGAUGCGAGAGAGAGAGUCUAUGAUCUGAGAUGCGAGAGAGAGUCUGACAAAGCUUGCCCUCUUUAUUGAGCACAACCUCAAGCUAAGCCCGAGGAAACGACGGAUCUAGAAGAUGUAAUGUCGCAAGAAGAACAGAGUCGUUGGGUUGAAUUUUUUUAGCUACAAAGUCGAAAUAGAAUAGAGUACCACGGAUUCAAGGGUGUGGAUAACAACGGUGGAGUAUGAUGAAUUUGCCUUCAAUCGUUCACAAAAUUCUUCUAAACAACACGGUUUGCUCUUUUCCCUGUCUCUUUACAUCCCAAGAGUAUUUGAUCAUAAUUUUCUUCAUAUAUACAUGUAUGAGAGUUGAAUGUUAAUCCUUUUAAAUAAAAGUUUUGAUAUGCUGUGUGGAAAACAAAAAAAAAUCAUGAAGGGAGGUCUACGGAUACAGAGGACGUGGUAAGAUAGUAUCUUGCUCUUGAUUUAGGCAAGUUUUGCUACACUGCUCAACUCUACAACCACGAGGUAGUACAUCAUUUUCGAGGGUGAUUGCUAUGGGUCACUAAAAUCGAAUAUGGUUGAGCUUCUUAUUUAAUUGAUUGCUAGAGUAAAUUGCCAAUACCUUUCAUGCAAACAAGGGGAAAUUCUCAUCUAUUGUCAUGUUUUCCAGGUUUGACGUAUACAUGAAUAUUAUCUGGAUCCACUAUUGUAACUAUGGACCAAAAAUGAGGUUAGGGGUAUUAUUCGGCAUCUAGAUAUGGUAAAAAAUAUGUAUAACUUUUAUCCAUGUUUCAGAUAGCAUUUCUCCUUAUUUACAAAUCAGAAUUGAACAUUUUAAAAGUGUUGUCCAUGGAGAAUAAUUAUUUGAAUCCCUCCCUUACUCUACACUUUUUUCAUUUUGACGAGGACAUAAUGAUACAUGAUACAUGAAGAGAUGGGUACUCUUGUAAAGACUGACUUAAGGAUAUUGUGUUUAGGGCAUCUCGUGUAUUCUAUGGCUUGCUUCCACCAUGUUAAGCCAGGUGGUAAGUGCAAAAAUUCAAACAUACCUUAUCAGAAUGCAAGUUUAAGAUCAUCUACUCUGUCUCUUAAGGUAGGUAACUCAUGCUUUCACAUUUUUUGUUCAAAUUUAUUAUUAAUAGUGGUGAAACAAUUCUUGAUGGGUUAAUAAGAUGUAGGAUUGAUGAUCCAUGGGGCAGUAGUACUCUAGUUCUACUUGGGAGGCAGCAAGCUUUUAUCUAGGUGAAGUUGGGGCAACAAAUGCUCAUUUGGGAAAAGCUAGAACAAGUUUUGAUCUCGGAGAAGCUGGAACAAGUGUUGAUUUGGGAGAAGCUGCUGCAUGGAUUGCCCUCAAGUGCUUAUCUCUUAUCUUUUUAGCCUAGUUGGCCUGUGUAUAUUCAGAAUUAUCUUUUUCUAAGACAUAAUUCUUAUAAACUUUUGUAGUUUUU